AUGCGACCCAUAUAUAUACAUAUGAGUCGCGGACGUACCAAAACAAACCGCUGGCGACCGCUGGAAACGAGUUUCGUCAUGGCUAGGCCGCUGGAUCCCUCCCUGCUGAAAGGGGUCUUUUUCAUGUACCAAAAUUCGGCUAAGAGUUGUUUUGGUUUAAGCUCUCUGGGGUUGCCAGUCCCUUUGAGCUCUGCAGUUGGCCCUAAUGGAAAAGAAGCAGCCUCGGAUGAAAAAUUGGAUGAGCCCUCCGGCUCGUCUACCCAACCCAACCCCGACCCUUUCCAGUGCCAGCUGUGCCCAAGAAAAUUUGGUACCAAGACGGGCCUCGGCGUGCACAUGCGCCGCGCCCACUUAGACGAAUUGGACCGACAGCAAGCACGAGUGGACGUAAAGGCAAGGUGGACAGACGAAGAGAUGCACUAG